AAUCACAGAAUGGACUUCUGGAUUAUGGCGAUCAGAAUUACUUUCUUAUCACAAACUACAACUGGAAUUUUGGGCAAUUUCUUCCUGAUGUUCUACUACGUAGUCCUUUACUACAGAGCGUGCACAUUAAAGCCCACAGAUUUGAUUCUCAUGAACCUAAUGACAGCCAAUGCCAUCAUCAUUCUCUCCUCAGGAGUGCCCCAUACAUUGGCAGCUUUUGGGUUGAAGCAGUUUGUGAGUGAUUCUGGAUGUUUGUUCCUAUUAAACAUUCAAUCACUUGGCCGUAGUGUGUCCAUUGGCACCACCUGUCUCUUGAGUGUCUUCCAGGCUGUGACCAUUCAAUCCAGGGAAUCGUGCUUGAAGUAUAAUAAAGUCAAAUCUAUAAAUCCUAUUGGCUGCUUCAUUUCCCUCCUCUGGGUCUUCUACAUGUUAAUACAUUUUACUUUCUUUCUAUACUCAUCUAUCAAACUUAAUAGCAAAAAUGUGACACAAAAACGAGAUUAUGGUUACUGCUCUAUUGUAGGACCUGAAGAUAUCAGUGACUCACUCUAUACAUCACUGGUGGUUUGCCCUGAAGUCUUCCUUUCUGUGCUCAUGGCACGGUCCAGUGGAUCCAUGAUUGGCAUUCUGUAUAGACACAAGCAAAGGGUUCAACAGAUCCGCAGCACUCAAAGUUCAAGUAGAAUGUCGCCUGAAUCCAGAGCAACCCAAAACAUCCUGGUCCUGGUAUCUACCUUUCUGGGUUUUUAUACUCUCUCAUCCGUAUUACGAGGCUGCAUUGCUUUUUUCCAUAAUCACAAUUGGUGGCUAGUGAACAUUACUCGCCUCACUUCUCUGUGUUUUCCUUCUUUUGGACCCAUUGUUCUUAUGAAUCAUCACUCCAUUGUGUAUAGGCUUAGUUUCAAAUGGAUCAGAAAUAAAAUUAAUUUAAUCUUAUUGUAA